ACACAAAACCCUUCCUUCCCAAAUACAGGAGCAACACAUCCUCAACGGAACGGGUUCUAGGGUCUGGUGAUUCUGAGACUGAAAAAGCGAAAGAGAAGAUAAAAAAAGAAAAAGAAAAAGAAAUGGCGUUCAGAGGGAACGAGAUGAUCAAGAAGAUACUCAAGAAAGUAGGAGACCAAAACUUGGCUCCCGGAGUAAAAGACCAGCUCAAGAAAUGCAUACCCGACACCAAGGUUGUCAUGAGCCGCGCCAAACGCGGCCUCGUCGCCGGCCGCCACAUCCAGUUCGGAAAUCAAAUCAGCGAAGACGGGGGCAACAAGUCAAGGAGGACUUGGAAGCCAAACGUUCAGGAGAAACGGCUCUUUAGUUACAUCAUGGACCGCCACAUCCGAGUCAAAGUCACUACUCACGCACUUCGUUGCAUAGACAAAGCUGGUGGAAUUGAUGAGUACUUGCUGAAGACUCCCUACCACAAGAUGGACACAGAAAUGGGCCUGCAGUGGAAAGCCAGGAUUGAGAAGCGGUAUGAAGAGCUUGGGAAGAUGGAGGUUGUGUUCUUUUCACCUGAAGAUGAAGGCAAAUUUGAACAGGGAUUCAAAGAUCUUAAACUGGCUAAGCGAGAGGCACGGAGGGAUUUUAGAAGGCAGGUGAGUGGUUGGUGUGAGAAACGGAAACAGAUACAGAUGGAGGAAGGGCAGGCAGAUGAUCAAGUUGAGGAUGAGGAAGAGCAGCUGGUUGUGAAUUCUUUAGGAGGAGUUCCCAGCUCUAUGUAGCUUGGUUUUUGCUGUACAUUUUUGUUAGUAUUGACUAGCUGUAAGGUUUCUUUACCUGUAGUUUUGUUCAUUAACAUUAUUUUAGCAGGAAGGAUGAUAAGAAUAUUGCGGACCCAUUUGGCCCAAGUAGAUUAACAACCGACCGGAGCAAGCCCAAGUCCGAGAGCGUCUAGGAACUCGGCUAGCAAGUCUAUCUAGUCUUGAAACUGUUAUUCUUCUAGUUUGAAAUUUUAAAGCAAUGCACUGUCACGAAUACUGCUGUGAAAUUUUAAGUGGGUCCAGGAACUUGAAACUUU